UGUGUUUUCUGGGAAGUAGGCGGAGCGUGUGUGGUGAAUACUCAGGUGUUGUUGAGAAACUAGUGCAGUAUAACGUUAGUAAGCACUGCAAAACAUCCAGCUUUGCUGUACAGACGGAUCUAAAUCAUUUACAGAAAAUAAUCUUCUCAUGAGCACAUCGAUUUGUGCGCUGACUGGCUGUUUGAAAUGGAUGCGUCUCAUUUUCAUUCUUCAUAAGGAUGAUGUCUUCUCUUCCUUGCCCACAAUCAGAUGCAUAUAGGUACAUUUCCCAAAUCGACCACUUCAGCUUACAAUCCUACAACUUUCCGGAAGAGAACGACGAGACGAUGGAUAAAACGAAUACUGAUGAUUCCAUCUGCGACUUGGACUCUGCAGAUUCCCGACUCCUUCACACUGACUCUAGCUUGUCUGACAGCGAGUCCUCUUUAAUGUCCCAGCCUGACCUCCGGAAUACCUACAGAGGCAGAAACGUCAACUACAGACCCGCCCGGUCUGGCUACAGCCCUUAUCAGCCGCCUCUCGGUCUCCCCUCUGGCUACAGUCCCCAGACACCCUUCCCCAGUCAAACAGAGAUGUGUAUGAGCACCCUGGAGCCGCACAACGGGGACCUGCUCCGCUUAAGUUCACCGAGCAGCAGUUCGCUGGAAAGCCCCAGCGGCAACCUUCCCUCCUGCUUGGUGUCUGGGAAUUAUUCCAGCUACCCUGGUGAUUCCUGUUACUCUUGCUCUCCAGACGGGCACAGUCAGGGAGAAUCGGGUCUGGAACAGCCUCGUUCCCUGCGCUCUAUCCCGCCUGCAUUCACACCUCACGGCUAUUACUUGCCACCGCACCCCUGCCCGUCCCGUGGGCAGCCUUGCUGUAGUCGGUACCCUCCGGAUGCGCAUCAUAUGGAUCAAUGUUCUCCUCACAGACCGCAUUAUUACGUACCAUGCAGGCCUUCGCCAGGCCCUGAAAACAGCAGGCAGUCUUGUUCAGAGUUCACUCAGAGCGGCCACACCUCUUCGCACCCUCGAGCUAAACAAACCCCAAGCACGGCCCUUCUGUCACUGGAGCAAAGGAAGGUGUUUGUUACUUACGAAGCAGACAGUGAAAAGCACGUCAAAGAGAUCAUUAACUUUGUCGCGCUGCUGAGACACAACGGCUUUUAUACUCACAUUGAUAUGUUUGAGCAGCAGUUUAAAAGCAUAAGUAAGAUUGACUUUAUGGAGCGGUACAUAAAUGAGAAAGACUAUUUGAUCAUCAUAGCCAUUAGUCCCAAGUACCAUGAGAUCGUGACCAAUGCAUCAUUUUGCAUGGAAAAUGAUGAGACACUCAACACUGUCUACAUACAUAAACAGUUACAAAAUGAAUUCAUUCAGAAUGGGGCAAGGAAUUACAGAUUUAUACCCAUCGUGUUUCCUGGUGCCAAGAAGUGCCACGUCCCUUCAUGGCUUCUAAGUACACAAAUCUUCACGUGGCCGAGGGACCGAGACGACAUCCUUCGUAGGCUUAUGCGUGUUGAGAAAUAUAACCCUCCACCCAUAGGAGAGCUGCCCACCAUUGUCUCCAUCCCCAUUAGUUAAUCUGUGAGAUGGUUUGGUAUGUAGAUCCAUGAUCUAUGUAAUUACUAAACCCAUGAUCUGUUUUAAUCCAAAGCAUGCACUUCAAAGAUGAUUUGCCCCUAAAUGUGACCCCUUAAAGCUGUUGUAUUUGGUAUGUUCUUUGUACAAUUUCUCUACGCAAGUGUCAUUAAACUGUCACAUUUGAUGUAUGAAUCAGUAUGAGUCUCCUCGUGUGGAAACACCACAAAUAUGUUGUGAUUCACAGAUCAAUUGGUCGAUUAAACAUUGAGAAUUUGUA